AUGAACGGAAAUGCCUCCAAGGCGCGUCUGGCUGUCAUUGACGCAUCGAAGCGGCUGGUCCGUCUGGUGACUGGGCCAUACGAUCUUUUUUAUGAUAUGAUGGCCGAGGUUUUCCAGGUCGGCGCGAUCCGGGCACUGAUGAACUUCGGCAUUCCCCAGUUGAUCCCCCUCCAUGAGCCUCUAGCCGCUAUCGUCCUCGAACUCCUCUCCGGUCUCGGAAGAGACCCCCUCCGUCGCCUGAUUCGAUAUACGGCAAGCUACGGCUUCCUGCAGGAGGUCGAGCCCGAGAUGUUUGGUCACACUCCGCUGUCGGCCCUGUGCGUGCACGACCCCGUUGCCACGCGCAGCUGCAUGUGGAACCUGAAUGUUAUUUUCCCGGUCGCGAGCAAGAUCUAUGAAGGGCUCAAGGUCGACCCGUCUGCCAGCGACAACACGCGCUGCGCCGCCAGUGUGGUCUACGCUUCCCCGGAGAAGCAAAUCACCAAUAUCUGGGACUAUCACCGAUCGUCCCCGAAGCUGGAGCUUGGUUUUCAUGACUAUAUUAAUGCGACGACGCGGAGUGCGUACUACUCAGCCUUGCACGCCGUGCGGGGAUUCGACUGGUCGAGCGUGCAGACUGUCGGUGAUAUUGGCGGCUCCUCGGGCCAUGUGAGCAUGGCGCUCACCGAUGCACAUCCCCACCUCCACUGCAUCGUCGAAGACCUGCCCGACGUGAUUAGCGAGAGCCGCCAGACGCUACCCCCAGCCUACGCGGACAAGAUCGAGUACCUGGCCCAUAGCUUCUUCGAGCCCCAGCCUGUCGCUUCAGCGGACUGCUUCCUUCUGCGUUUUGUCCUGCAUAACUGGUCGGAUGAGGACGUCUGUCGGAUAAUCGCGAACCUGUCGCCCGCCCUGCGGCCCGGCGUGUGGGUUCUCAUCGCGGACAUCGUCGUCCCAGAGAUAGGAUCUCCCUCGGGCCAGGUGGAGGCAAUCGUGCGGUACAUGGACUGCCGUAUGCUAGCGCUGUUUGGGGGUCGGGAGCGGACCAAGAAUGAUAUCGUCGCGCUGGUGCAGGGGGUGGAUACUCGGCUGGUAUGGAAGUCCUGCACGCAGCCGGAGGGGAGUGUGGCGAGCUUUCUGGCUUUUCAGUGUGUUUGA